AUGGGUGGAUUUGCAAGUACAAUUGUUAGAAAUAUUGAGGAUGAAUAUUCAUUCGAUCAUAAAUAUAAAAACAGAGUGAAUAUAAAACCACUCACUGAGGGAUACGGUAAUGGAGAUCGUGAUCAUUCCUAUUCAAGUUUAAUAGAUACUCCUCAGCAAAUACAUUUCUCUUCACCCUCAUCAUCAAUAUAUAAGUCUCGUCCACAUCAUUCUCCUCUAGUGAAUCAUCAAUCAUCUCCCUCCCGAUUUCAUAAUAAUAAUAUACAAGAUAUUCAUCAUAAUAUGGAUCAAUAUCAUCUUCCACCACUUAAUUCAAAACCAGAUUUAACUCAUAGAACAAUACAAUCACCAGUUGAUAAUAAUUUAUUUGCCUUAUUUAGACAAAAGAGAAAUUCAUUACCUGCAUUGAAUGCACAUCGUAGAUCAGCUUCACCUGCACCAUCAACGACAUUAUCAAAAGCACAAUCAAUGAGAGAAAAGAGAUCACAUAGUAUUUGUGGUCCUGUACCAGAUAUAGUUGUUGAACGAGUUCAUUUUAUACCAAACGAGAGAAGAAGACAAGAUGGAAACUUUUUAACAGUUCCAGAAAGACAUUAA